GACCUCGCAGGAGGCGGGAAGCGCAGCCGCGAGGAGGCAGCGCUCGGCGGCGGCUCCCCCUGCCCCGGCCGGCCGCCAUGGCUGCCGCGGCGAGGCGACGGCGAGGGACUCGAAGCGGUGGCUGCUGCCGCCGCCUCCUCUGGAGGAGUCCGAAACAAGCGCCCCAGUCGAGAAGAGGAUGUAGACUUAAAAGUGAGCCAGGAACGUUUGGAACACUGUUGCGUUAUAGAAGAUGAAGACUCAGAAUCUCAAGAGGAGGAAGAGGGUAAAAGCGACCAAGUGGAUUGGAAAGAGAAGCUGAGUCCAGUUACCAGCUCUUCGGCUUACAGAAGCACUACUGGUUCUGCUUUCCCACUGGAAGGUUAUUUUCCACUGCCAGCAUCACUGACUGAAAAUACAUUGGAAGAACACUGGUUGGGAAAUACUAUGCCUGUUAUCAACAGCAGAGGUAUGAACCUGUCAAACUUCCACAAUACAGUUAAUUUGACUCAGGCUAUUAGCCGUGAUGUUAGUCUUCAUGAUGCUACAAUGAUGAAAUCAGACCACAAUACUAUAGUAAAUGCAGAGAAAAGGAAUUUGGAGAUAUUGGAGACUCUGUCAUUAACCGAUUCUCACACAUCGCUAAUGAAUGGUGUCAACAUGCUUGGGGUUUUUGCAUCUGAUAAUUGUACGAAUCUAACAAACCAGGAUUUGUUCUUGAGCCUGGAUGGACAUGGAUUUGAAGCUUCCUGUUUCUUUGAAGAACGGGAUUCUGAUUCUGGACUGUCUUUGGAUUUAAAUCAUAGCAAUUCAUCCCUUGUUUUUACCUGUGACAGUGACGCUGAAUCUGCCACCUAUGAUGAUUUAGCUGUAGAAUACAGCAAAUGUUACCACACAGAUUAUCAAAGCAAUUAUGAUCUCAGUGCAGAAUUGUUUGUAGAUGUGUUGCAUGAUCACACGUACAGCCAAAUCCCACAACAGCUGGCACCCUGUGCGCCAGAAGACUAUGACUUCAUGUGGCCAGAGAAAUCCAAUAAAGCCAGAAGUAGAAAUGGAGAUAACACAGGGAAAAACCAAAGCCGUGAUGAAUACCGCGCAGAAGCCCUGAGAAUUCCAUUCUCUGUAAAUGAUAUUGUGACUCUGCCUGUUGAUUCCUUCAAUAGCAUGUUAUCAAAAUACUACUUGACAGAUAACCAGCUAUCACUCAUACGUGACAUAAGGCGGAGAGGGAAAAACAAAGUCGCUGCUCAAAACUGCCGCAAACGUAAACUAGAUGCAAUUAUGAACCUGGAAGAUCAGGUGUGUCACCUUCAAGCACAAAAGGAAAAGCUCAAGAAGGAAAAAGCCCAGUGCAAUAGAUCAAUUAGCAAUAUAAAACAAAAACUAAAUGAUCUUUAUUGGGACAUUUUGAGUAGAUUAAGAGAUGACCAAGGAAGACCUGUUAACCCAAGCCAAUACUCUCUACAGUGUUGUAAAAAUGGCAGUGUUUUGGUUGUACCUGGAAAAGCCAUCAAACUGGAACUGAAACAAAAUAAUCCAACCAAAAAAAUGGCUAGAUAGAAAAUAUUUCUCUUUAGCUACUGAAAUGGAAAGGGAUGUUUCUUAAUUAUUCUUAAAUACUGUGACAUUCACAGUUAGUUUACACAGGGAAAAAUAAAGUUUGGUAAGGAUCUACUUUGAUUAUCCACAUUAUCAAAAUAUUUUUAAGACUUGUAUACAAAAAAACCAAAUAAAUAAAAAUUGUGUACUAUAAAUGAAAUGUCUAAGCUCUUGGUCUGUGAACACAGGCCUAAUAGAAUCAGUUCUUAACUGAAGAUUUCUCUUCAUCUGAAUAAAUUAUUAGUUAAACCA